UCAUUUCCCACCAGUUGGGAUUGAAACGCGACGCCGUGCGAACGUUUAUUUGCGACACAUUCUGGCCGAGAAGUGAAAUACCGAAUUUCUGCGAUCCUAAAUAUUUAAUUUGAGCUUUAUUUAAUUUUCAACGUGGUUCUUUUGUUAGAUGCUUAGAUUUGUAUUAUCAAAAGAGUAGUUGAAAGCAGGGUUCAAUGUUAAAAAUAGUGCGCACAGAUUCGAUGAUUAAUUAGGCAGAUACGGAUGAAUAUCGACAGAACGGUGCAAUAGUGAAACCCAAUGAAGAGUAAUGUUCCGAAUCAGACGCCCUGGGGUGUUGAUGCAUAGGUCGAAUUUUAAUAAGUUAUUAAAAUACGUUUAUUUUUAAUACCAUAGCACUAGGUGUUUGACCAACUCGAGAAAGUGAGAACGGUGGAAGCUAUGUACCCAGAUUGAAAACGUGACUGAUGUGUAUCUUUGGGGAAUACCAUUAAGAUGUGUAGCAUGCAAAUAAAAUAUAGCUGAUUUCCCAUGAAAAAAUAUUCCAAUCGUAUCGUGUAAUAAAUAAUAUGAAAAAAGCUCAAAGGCAAUUGUUUCGCGCUGUUUAGAUACAAUCAAAUUUUGUAUCCACACUAAUGUAGGAACAGCUCAGAGUGUGAUGAUGAAGAAAUUGGCGCAAUUCAAGCUCAUUAGAUCUUUUUUUUUUAAAUUUAAUGCUAUUUCGAGUGGCAAACUAGUGCACGUCAUCAUGUCGAGUAUUCACAUCUCACAAAAAAAUCCUUGAUAGUAUCCCAAAAAAUAAUCCCACUUUGCUUUGAUGCACGGAUGCAACAAACACUGAAGAAAAAACAUCGUAUUGUCAAUACUUAAAAACACUUGUUAUCGCAAGAUGAAAAGUUACUCGAUACUAGUGCGUACCUGUUGUAGUAAGUGAAUGAUGCAAAAAAAUAUUGACUCUUUAUUAUUAGCGUGAGAAAUUCUCAAGCCUCACAUGACCAUUUCUCCCAGUUUAAAAAUUGUACACCUUUUGGAUUGCCCUACGACGACAGUGGCAGGUUUAGUGUUUUAUACGUUGUGGACACAUGCGAAUAAAUUGCAAAUUUCAUAAAAUAUAGGAAGUGAUGAAUAAUAUACGCGGAAAGUGUGCAUGGGCGAAAGGAAAACGCGAGUUAUUAGUGGGAUGGAUAUGCGAUCUGUUUGUGACGCCAUAGGACGCAGAUGCUGACAUGGUUUUCUAGCACUGAAAUGUGACUUUUACAAGGAUCAUUCAAUCAAUCGGAUCAACUUGAAAAAAAUCAGUGUAAAUAAUCAUUUCACCUGAAUGUCAGUGCAUUCAAUGCUGGUAGUGAGUCAAAGCGAAUUUGCAAGGAUCUGAAAACCUUGACAUCGUGCGUGACAACGUUUAAAAUAUAUGUGAAGGAAAGUUAAAAAAAUCAGUUUAAGUUUGAUACUGAAGAUUUCUUAAAAAAUAAAUCUGGACACAGGAAAUCAAAUUUGGCUAGGAAAUUGAUUAUUAUACAUGGUGUGGAAAAUGUGUCAAUGGAGGAUAAACUGUAAAAAAAGAAUAAACGUUUUCAUGUCUGUUGAACAAUUUACAACAAUGUUUGGAGGUGCAAUGUGAAUGCUAAGGUUAUUAUUUACAAAAUCGUGUUCAUUAAAAAUAUAAGAUCUCUAGACUAUAUUGGUUGUUAUUUAGACUAUCGGAACUUUUUAUAUAUAGCAAGAACAACAUAAAUGUUUGCGGUACCAGAAUAAGCUGGAUCUUUUCGCCAUGCUCCGUGGGGGCCAGGAAUGUACGUAAUAUUUCCGGCCGAUGAAAUAAUAUUGCUGACAUACGGAAUUGCGGUACCGAGAGUACAACCACGACCAACUCUGGACAACCUGCGAGAGCCACUUGUCCCCAUUGGCAAUAGGCCUUCUUCCGUAACCGCCCUGCCCCCCAAGCAUCUAAAUGAGCCCAGUCGGAUCCAAGGACAACAAACUUCCACGUCCAUCACCGCUUCUCGUACCCCACCAACACUUGCACCGAGAGACAGAAGUCCCAGUGUCAAUUUUUCGACCGAUGAUAGAGUGUAUGACUACGACGAUAGAUCUCCUUUGUACGACACGGAUACCAUUGUCAACUAUGUAAACCGUAAUUCGAUUUCUGGUAUCCCCUUUAGCUCCUCCCCCUUCGUCCCGUCCACGUUGUUGCAGAGUCCCGCUCCAACGGCCAAUAAAUCAAACACUACCUCAGGUGCGAAAGGGAAAGAGAAAUCGAAAUCCAGAUUACAUAUUAAGCUAGGACGCCUACGACCACAUUCCUCCGUAGAGCAAAGCGAAUCCGCUCGAAUCCGCGAAGACCUAGAAAUUCACGUGUCCAAUCCUGUGUUCACUCGCGAAAAUCUUAGACAACGUAACUUUGACGCCUUUUUCGAGUCUGGCGAAACGGUUUAUUCAUUGGAGAAAAAAGAAAAACCUGCACCACCGCAUACUGAUUCACCUGAUUUCGCCCUAUUAAAUACCAGUGAAUCUACUCAUCAACGUUCCAUUUCCGUGGGAUUCUUUCGUAAAGCGAAGUCACCAAACAUCCUCCGUGCCCAGAGUGCCGAGUUAGAAUACGAGUCCCAGAAAGAGUCAUCAAAAACCCAUCGUAGUAUCUUCAACAAACGAGUUGGGACGACAGUGAAUAUCGUCCCUGCAUCACAGCGGCCUCCGGCAGGAAGCAUGGCUUCCUCUGGAGGUGCACUUAAGGAUUUAGGUCAUCCUGGCCUGAAUGAGGCACUCAAGUCCCACAACAGCGUAACCUUCAAGCUCGUCAAAACGGUUUCAGACUUCACCGAAACACUAGCACAACUUUACGAACAGCAUGCUGAAGCACUGCAAGUUUUAGUAUCGAAUUAUCGAAAACGGAAUGGCGAAUUAAGAAAAGAAAGGCCAGCUUGUCAGUCGAAUCUAUUCUGUGCAUGGGAAACUUUUCUGCAAGAAAUCGAAGCUGACUCCCAGGCAACCAUCGAUGUCGCUUGUGCCCUUUCCAGACAGGUUUCUCAGCCGAUGUUAGAACGGUCGUUUUACAGAAAAGUCCAAAGUAGAAAAAUAUUCACUCACAGGGAAUCAUUUGAUACAAUCAUUUCAAAGACUGAAGAGAAAUUAUCCAAGUGCCGAACCGACUACAAGCAGAACUACAUUGCACAUCAUCAGAAUCCUACGCAGGUCACACUGACGCAGUAUAUCGACUCCCACAAUGCAUAUGUUCAGCAGUUGCAUGCAACUAAUGCCAUGCUGGAGGCGUAUCACUGCGAUACUCUGCCGCAACUGAUGCAGGAACUAGAGGAAGUCUAUAACGAUCUGUGCAACAUAGUGGCUGAAGCGGUUUUGCAGGGCGCUGAAGCAAUUUCGGUCAAAGCUCUCGAUCAGGCUAAACGAUACGAUGGUUUGGCGAAUCAAUGCAAGAGUGUAUCGCCAACCCAGGAUUUGGGUUAUUUUGUACGCUGCUUGCCUGUGCCGCCCAACGCUCAACGGAUUCCGAGAAAAAUGUUUGCACCACCGCAGCCAGCCCAAUCAGCUGAAGGUGAAGAGUUGGCGAAUUAUGGUGCUAACAUGCCGGACCCAUCAGGAGCCACACUCAAGAACGAGCUGAUAGUCGAUAAAGGAGCGUCGAUACAAGUGCGUCCCUCAUUAGAAGCCCUUAAACGUGAAUCACAGGAAUUGGAAAUCCAAAUCAAGCAGUUGCAAGAUUCAGUAGACGUUUUAGUUCGAACGCAAAUAAGAGGACUAGAAAGUCAGCUAUAUAACAAAGCCAAUGAGAUUCAGGAGGAAAUAUCAAUGAAGAAAUUUGAUUUGCGUGCAAAACAAAUUCAUCUCGCAGCUGUCCGAGCACAGAAAGAGUUAUUUUUGGGUAGAAUAGAUCCUGGUUCACCUCGCAGUGAACGUAAAAUGUCUUCUUCUAGUUCUUCCUCAAUGAAGACCAAGUGGCUAAAAGCGUUCCGAAGUCUGAAACCAGCUGGUUCAGCAAACGAUAGGAAGAGUGGAAAUAGUGCUCAAAUAAGGUUCGAUGGAUCGGAUAACCACAAUCUGCUGGAGUACACUUAUAAAAAAAUAACACCGUGUGAUGUUUGUUCGCAAGUUUUAAGAGGUCAUACGCGACAAGGUCUCCGCUGCAGAAUUUGCAAGGUUAAUGUACAUGCCGAUUGUGCACCACAGCUGCCGAAAUGCCAGGUGAAACAAAAACUGCUCAGACGCCAGAAGAGUACUUCGGAAAUCGAAAAUCGCAUAGAAGCAGAAGAAGAAAAAACAAACGACAUCGAUCAAAUCUAUCAGGUCCUCAAAAAGGCAGGUGAAAUUUCCAGUGGCAAGUUGGCAAUCGACUCGAAACUUCAAACAACAAACGCCACAGUUGGUGAUGCCAAUGCGGCAAAUACUUGUUCUAGUAAUCCACAGCUAGAAAUUCCUGUAGUGAAUGUGCCUGAUUAUCCUGAUCGUACGCCUAGAAGGGGACCAGUAAAAUCUCAGGGGCCAAACUAUCAACCACAAAAACAGGGACUGUCAGCGCCGAAUACGACGGACAUGUCAAACUCAGCCUUGCGCUCUACGGUACCAAACAUUACUAGUUCAUCGGCAACGACCUCAUCGGGAUAUGCUUCAAUGGCUGACCUGGGAACGAAGCGUAAACUAUUUGCCGGCUUUCGUCCGAUGUCUGGCUUUGGAUUGCUAAGAUUGCGCUCAACACAACACCGUUCAAUUUCGCUGCCAGAAACACCACAUUCACCGCGCCGGCAAAAGCUGAAUCUUAGAAUGAAAUCACUCAGCUUGGACUCACCAGAAUCGUCCGAAUUGCAUGGACAAAUGCGUCGUCGAUAUCCAGGGCCAUCCACUCAGGGCGGCCAGGGAGGUUCUGGUGGUCAAUUAGAACAUAGCACGCCACCAUCAAACAAUAGUAGAUUACACUCCCCUUCUAGCCCUUCGUGCAACCAGCGAAAAUUUUUGUACGCAAACCGCGGUAUGAAGACUGGAUCAGUGGACCUUCCAGACGAGAUAGAAAGAAGCCAAUCAUCAGCAAGCACAUCGCCUUGCCCAUCACCUGUACGACAAACGCAGAAGGUGCAACGACUGCUGCCAACUAACAUUCACGUCGUGUUGUUCAACUUUAAGGCUCGGCACCAGGAUGAGUUAGAUUUGAUUGCAGGAUACAAGGUUACUGUUAUCGAUUCAUCAGAUGCAAACUGGUGGAAAGGUAAAUGUUUAGGAAAAAUUGGCUAUUUUCCAUCUAAAUAUUGCACCAAGCUUGGAACCUCGGAAAAAGUACUCCAGGUGACGCAUCCUCUGCACAUAACAGAUAAUGAACGGUGCGAAGUGAAACUGCAGAGAGAUCAGAUUGUGAUACAGAUUGCGGAGGAGAUAGGAGGAAUGAUCAUGGUCCGUUUUGCUGAUAAUCAUCAAGGUGUUAUACCGUCGAAGUAUUUACAAGAGGUUUGACUACGGGAAGACGAAGAAUUGGAUCGUGACCGAGAUAAAAGAAAUAAAAACAUUGUUAGAAGCAACACUUUUAGUAAUAGUAUAAGUGGAAAAGCAACUAGAAAAUCUGUAAAAUCUCAAAGCUGCGAUCAAGAUGAUGAUUCCAGAAGCCACCAUUAUCAUAAGGAGGGAAAAAACAAUAUGCAAAAAUCAUACGAUAAAAAUUGGGAAAAGUGGGAAAAAUUCCGAGAAAAGAAAAUGCAAAUGAUGAAAGUUCAUAAAUAUAACGUAGAACAACGUCUUAGAAAUGAGAAUCAGGAACAUGUGUAUUAUAGGCAUCAUUUCAAUUACCACCCGGUGAAAAGACCCAAAAGAAAGACAUCCUUAGAUCCGAAUUGGUACACCGAGAACAUAUAUUCCAAUCAAUCAAUAGAUAAUUCAGACGGAGAGCAAACUUUAGCCAUGGUACAUAGUUACCAAACGGGGAAAUCUCAGGCCGAUAGAGACAUAAACGGAAAUAUAGAUGACGGAGAAAUCUUUACAAUAGGAACACAAAUUGAACGAACAAACAACUACCCCAAAUCGAAUAGCUGUUGUUUUGGUGGGACAAGUAGCAUAGCGAUAAACAAUGUUAGAUGUAAAAUUCCCAAAUCGCACUCGUUUAGCACCUCCAGAAGCAUGGGAGCUGGGUUCAACGUGAACAAGUCUUAUAACCGUAACUGUUUCGAAAUGGUUGAAUUUCCCGGGCAUGCGUUAUCCGACUCGGGUCGAUUGAAUCAUUUUACCGGUCUCCAUCCUUUGGGGAUGCGCAUAUGUGAUCGUGAAGGUUGCUUCAAUGAGACGUGCUUUAGUAAGGAUACUAAGAAUAUUCAUAAUAGCAAUAACAAUAAUUUGAUGAAUGAAUGGAAUCUACGGAAUCGAAAUAACAUUAGCAGACGUUUGACUAGAACACGACCUCAGCAUGUAAUGGAAGAAGAUUUUGACUUGUUCGAGGAUGACGAAGAAAAUGAUCUGCUCAUGUACAACGAUGACAACUCGAUCGUGUUUGAUGAAUUCGACGACCAAGAAUAUUACGGUGCCGGGCAUCUAGCAGGCGAUUUCGAUGAAUUUUAUCGGCACGAGCGGUCCAAGCAAGUGUUGCGUGGCAAAUUUGACAGGAUUAGAAAAUAUACGGAUGAUUUCACCGAUGAUUAUCAUAAAUCAUUUGAAGACAUUUUUAACCGAAAUUGUUACAUUGAUCAACAAUACCAGGUGAAAGGCAAUAACUUUUUUUCGAAACCCUACAUUGCUAAAAACAAAAGUAUGUUGGAAGUAAAACCACCGAGCAAAUAUGACGAUACAUCAUCUGAUUCUACCGAUUUGGAGUUGGAUGAUUUUAACUUUGAUUUUGAAAAGUAUUGGGAAGAGUUGGAAAAACCAUCUCCAACAUCACCGAGUGAGUGUAUCGAAAAGUACCCACCAGGAGCACUGAAGAAAGUUAAAAACGUUAACAUAAAUCGAUACAACAAUGGAACUGUGAUAGAUAUCUAUCAUGACGAUGAUCCGUAUCACUCGGAUCAUUAUCAUUACCGCGAAGGAAACGAAAAGAACAACAAUAUGAAUACUUUUUCACCACCAUCACUUAGCAAAUUCAGUAGAAAAGUUCACCACGAGAGAAACAAUGUAGGCAGUGGUGUAAGUAAAAACCGAUCUAGCAAAAGAAAUAAUAUCAAUAACAAUAAUAAUGCAAUUAGCUUCCUAAACAACAUAUUCUCCAUCUAUAAACCUAGCAAAUAUUCACCACUCAAUUGCCAUGUAGAACAAAAUUAUUUGAAAAACAUUCCAGCAAAAAAGAUGAACAUCACAAGUUCAGCUAGAACAGUUGGUGUCCCUAGCAGUGAUACCGAAAAUUCCGCCAAACGACCACUCACAAUUCAUCCAUCCAAACAAUAUUCACAGCGCUCGUAUCAGACACAACGCAGCCAGAAGGAUCCCCAAGCCAGGUUCCAAAUCAUACCGGACAAAACGGGUCUCAAAAUAUCACCACUAUACGUAUCGAGUGCCGAUUAUCGAAAGGCAAGGCAUAAAUUAAAAAGUACCACACGGCCACUGUCUUUUUGGUGAUAGUUGCUUGACUGUUCGUAUUAUUCGGAUGGCCGACUGGAUGGAUUACCCGUUGUCAAGAAGACUCGCAGAACCAAAUAUCUCAAGUACUGAAAAAUCAAUCAGAGUCAUAUUAUACAUACACCACUUCUUUUAAUCACCACCAAAAUUGAUAGCUCUGUACAAAUAUCAGAUGGCAGUUUAACUCUGAACACGUUACCAUCUUUUAUAGUCAAACUAAUGAGUAAGAACGUCGUUAUACCACCUACCAAAGUAUACAUCCUUUAUUGUAAAUAACCAUCUUCCGAUGUUUACACUGUGGUUUUACUAAAUUUUUAUAGGAUCCGAUAUUACAAAAACAAUCAACAUUUCAUCUAAAAGAUUUAUAUACAAUCAUUAAUCAAUUUUAGAACCAUACGAAUUUUACCCACCAAUAAAAUCGUGAAUACACAUUUACAUAGGCGUGGUUAGACUAUUUUUUCUAUUGCUCUGUUUUAGAUUUGGUACGCUUAAAGACCCCUGCAGACCCUUCUACUGGCCCUAACAAAAUAUUGACUUUGUACUCUGAAGACGAUGAAAAAAUCAACACGGAAAUAAUCAAGUUGGCGUUAAAUUCUGAAUAGUGCGAACGCGGAUUGUUCGUAUGUUUAAUCCCAUUAAUGGUCGCUGAUUAUUUCAGUAAAGUAAUAAUGUACGCAAUGGAUAACCAAACAUGCGUCACUAAUCAUGUGAAAUAAUUAGCAACUGUUAUUGCUGAGAUAAUUUCACAAUCUAUAGGAAUUGACUUCCAGGCCUCAACUUUUCUGUAAUACCGUUGAAGUUUCUGAAAUGGUCGCGGUUAUAGAGAAUGUGUGGUCUUGGAAAGGUAAAGUAACUUAAAAAUUAACUUGACGCCUUACAUAGCAGUAGAGAAACCAGAGCUAUUCGGUUGAUUUUUACAGCGAUUUUCUUCAGUUGCGUACAAACAUGUGUGUGUAAAGACUCUCGUUUUCAAUUACAGAACCGGCAAUUUUUCCCAGCAGCCUGAUGCCAAUUGCGAUCUCUUCAUUUAAGAAAAUAGUAUACAUCACAUUGAAAUAUUUGCACCUGAAAUUUCAACCUUAAAACUCACACCCUUCUUUGUGGUUCCGAGCGGCACUUGAAAACUUGGCAUAGACACUACCGCUCACUAUCUUGCAGCUAGCUGCAAUUAUGUAAAUUUGAAAAAUGGCUUAGGCAUUCUAUUAUUAAAUAAUAUGCACAUGGUUAUGUACAAUUUCUUGUUAUUGCACCACACUUUCAAUGCCAUUUUGAUAUUUUCAUCACGUUAGUAUAUCACACAUAAAACUGAAAACAGGCCCAUUAUCCAUAAUACCACUUUUAAAAAAUGAGUUUAAGGGUUAAAACGUUGAACCCAACUUUUUGAAUUCGCUUAACUCGAGUGCAAUCGAAGUUAAUAUUGGUAACUUUCAUUUUGAACCGAAAUUCCAUGUAUGAAUGCAAAUGUACACCAAAAUCUAAAUAGAUUUUACUAUUACCACGAGCAUUAAUUUCAAAAAAUUCAAAGUGCAUUAAUGAACACUUAAAACCCACAAGAUUUUAAAAUCUCAGCUGGAAAAAAAAAACUUUUUCAUAUUCAAACUAAGCUCAAUGAAACCUUCCUGUCUAAUUUCUGAAACAGAGGAGUAUGAAUUCAAAGUAUGCAUUACUUAUUGAACUCGUCGUCCCUGUCGCACUCAACUCCGCUUACUAACAUCCUGAUAUCGCUGCCAUGCUGUUUACUUUAGUGUGCUGCUUUUCCCCCACUUAAAAAGUCUGCCGACAAUAUCCACGUUGUCAUCAAAACAGUCAAAUAGAAACCCCAAACUCCAAAUUAUUCCCAGCAUAUGGUCCGGAAAAUUCAUCUGAAUUUAUCACACAGCUUUGAACCCCAUAAAUCGUAGUAGUUUUAGUCAGUUCAGUUGACUUUCCUGGAAAGUUCUUCUCGUCCGAGAUCAUUCUUGUGAAUUGAUUGUAUUGUUACGUUUUUAAAGGCCACAGUAUACAGGAUAGUUACAAAACCAUUCUCCGAAUUAUAAUUUAUUCCGUUGUAAGACUUCGACUUGUUUCGAAAAUUAUGAUUUCUGAUGCUAGGAGCUUAAAAAAGUUAUAAAAACACAAAGACUUUGUAUGAUAUAUUUAUAAAACAAAAUGAUUCCCAAAUACUUCUCUCUAAUCCUCUAGAUGCAAAUUUCAAUAUUUUCAGUUCGAUUCGGCAGGAAUCGGAUGAAAAAAAUGUAGGUAAUAUUUUUCUGUGCGUAGCUGUUAAUGAAGAUUUUUUUAUAGAUAUUUCAACGAAUUCCGACCAACAUUGAAAAAUAAACAGCAUAUUUUAUUUUCAGGCGAUUGGUAAUAUCGUAAUACAGAAUUGAUUGCCUAACAUAUGAAAGAUCCUCCUAUAGUUCCAUGCUUCAAGAUGACCAAAAAUGAUUGCGCAUUUCCUCUUUAUACCUGCGCAAUCACAAUUCUAAUUAUCAAUUGUGGAACAAAUGGCUAGUGGCAGGUAAAAUAUAACACUAAAGUAAUAAGGUAAAACUAACGAUUUUUCGGAUUUAUAUAAAAAAAUUUGCGAAAAUUUCAUCUUAAAACAUGACUUCGACUUCUAACUAAUGCGGUUGAUUGGCCGAUCCGUCAAUUGAUUUUGAAGUUGAAUACUGCUUCAAAAAACCAGUCAUCUUUUGUUUAAAUUUUGGCUUGAGAGAGACUAUUGAUGUCAGUAGGAUCCUUAACACACCAUAACUGUCCUAUAUGCAAAUAUUGGCAUUUGGGUCUGUGACCAACCAAUAGUAAGACCAUGUUCCGACAGUAAAAUAUUAGUUCCUAGACUUUGCCUUACUUGAUUGAUGUAUAUGCUUCCCAUAGAUUGCUACUGGUUUCCAUAACAUUUUUUUAUUCCAUCUGUAACAGCGCCAUUGCUCGAUAAUGUCGGCAGGUAUUGAACGAAGCGCACAUCUCCUGAUUAACAUGGAGAACGUGCCGCUCGGGCCACAGCACUGUAGUGAUCAUUGUAGCACACUAGCAAAUUUUAAAUACUAUUAGCUGACCUACCCAGCCUUUUUUCAACAGUAUUUAAUCAACUAGUAGCAUCAUGUCAGAAGUUAUUAGUAUUUGUAGAAAGAGUUGUUGAUGUCUAGUUACCACGAAUACUAAUACAACUAACCUGAAGAGCUUAAAAAAUAUUUUAACUAAACUGACACAAUACAACUAAUAAAAAUCAUAGUGCUCAAACAACUUUAAAAGUAUUGCAAAUUUCCUCAGGCGUUUGGAUCCUUAAAGUUAAACAACUACAAAGACGGAAUGGUACUAAGUUACAAAGUUAGUAAUCCUAUGUUUAAUAGUUACACACUUAACUGUUGAAAGUGUUUGAAUGAAGCACUAGCUUGCACCGUUUCGCAAAUGUGUCACGUACCGUUAGUGUGUUACAUAAGUCAUGUUAGUAUAAUAUUUGCAGAUGAAGAGUUUUAUAUAUAGAUUAUUUAUAAAAACAUACAACACGAUAAAAUGCCCGGAUCUUAUGAAUAUAACACUAAUAAUAUUUUCUGAUUAUUUCCAAAAGUAUUCUAAGUAUUCAGAAACUUUUUUUAAACGGCACUUCCGCAUUGACCAAUUGCAUGCGUCACAUAUUUUGAUAACAAGCUUUACAAACUUUGAUUUUCGACACAAUAUGCAACCAAAACGACGUUAGCCGUUGUAAACUAUUUCACGCCAUGCCAAGUUUACUUACUCAAAACGCGCAAAUGUAAGUACAGACAUAUCAAUUCGACGUGUUUACGAUUUCACUGCAUAUGUAAACAAAACAAGUGAAAAAAGUUUUCGGUGGACUGCGUAACAUAUAAUGAGUAUUAUUGCAAUCAUCCGACGUUUUUAGUGUUCACGUACGCCAAGUUUUGCAACAGUCUCGGCUACCAACAACAUAAAGUUAGAAGUUUUCAAACAACUAAUGCAAUAAAAAAAUUAGCGAGUUUCGUUUCAAACGUUACCUAUUUUAAUAUGGUUAACUUAAAAUUUAUAAAAUAAUAAUAUUGUUGUUAUCAAAAUUAAACCAAUAUUCAAAAAAAUCUUGAUUAUUUCUUGAACAUGUUUCGAACCCGGCGAACCACAAAUAAAAUUUUUCCGAAGUUAGGAAGUUUCAUUUUUUCAAUUUUGAUUCUAAUUUAUGUUCAAAAACGAUUGUAUUCCAUGCACAUAUAAGGGCCUUUUUCAAUCUGCGUCAUACUAAAGUGUGUAUAUUUAUCCACCUUCAAUCAUUUAUUAUUAACUAACAAAAAUAUCGAAGAAACAAAUUUUCAAUUGCAUAAAGUCACAUAGAAGGCAACAUUAUUACCUUGUGCUUUUAACUUAGAAACUGUGUUCGGUUUUUACAUUACUCAGAAUAGAACGAUCUUUGCGAAAGCUUUAAAAAAUGCUGAAUUCUUUCUUUGUAUUAAACUAAGUCUAAUUCCGUAAUUGCUUUUUGUACUACUGAUGCGUUAAAGAAAAACAUUAGUAACCUGCAUGAGUAGACCAAUUAAAAAUAAAUAAAAAUCUCAAUGAUUUUAAGAAGCAUGUCAAAUAUUUGAAGUAUCUUUUAACCCGCUGCAAAGAACAAAGAGAAAUUAGUCUGAUAUUUAAUGGAGUUUCAACAAUCGUUUGUUGAAAAAAAACAGUUGAUGCGAUGUGUGCAAGUAUCCUUGAGUUACAAAAAAAAAAGUUAUAUUUAAGCACGAAAGUAGAUCGGCACUCGUAAAUUUAACAGACAGUGAUUGUAUAGUGAAAUGAUGUUUUAUCAGCACUUAUAGUUCCAAUCGGCACUACAAAAUCGCGCGAAGUCGAAGUUUUAUAAAAAAAAUGAUGCCAUCAGAAAAGCAAUGGCACUUGUCUUCAAUUGGUAUUGUUGUAUUGUCACAAAGUGAUCUGAAAAUCACACAUUUUUUUUGUACCAAAGAUUUUAAAAAACCAAAUAGACACACUAUUUUGUAUUUAAUACAUUACUUUUUUGCUGUGCAAAUCAGUUUCAUUUCAGCGAUGAAUUGUUUCAUCACGUGAUUUGGAUAAAACUAUCUAUAACUAGGAAAAUCACACUCUUGGAAACAAUACAUCUUUGAUGAAGUCCGUGAUUUUUUAGAAAAACAGUAAUGAUUCCAUCAAUGCUUCGAAUACAGGUUUCCUUUUAUUUUUGUCAUCUUUCAAAUUGGAAAUAGAACCAACAGUGAUUUCCGAAAAAUAUUUUUUUCGGCGUAGAGCGCGAAAAUGAAAUACAAAAAAAAUAAUGAAAAGCUAAUAUCAGUGAUCUACUCUAUCAUAACACUAGACAUAAAGUCAGCGGUAUCAUUUAUUAGGGUACCCUACCAUAUGAAUAAGAUAAUAUCAGAAUACGGCAAAUAGACGGAAUAAAUAACAUGUAAUACACACUGUAGAGUUAACCCGUUUCCACACAACGUGCUGUGCAUAUUUCGACAAAGAAAUAAGAACAGAAAGUAGUAAAAAGUGCUAGACUUGCAGCGAAAAGAAA